AUGUUGGUGCAAGAACAAACAGUGAACGUGAAUGCUAUCCUUUACCAAAUGUGGGAGAAGAUUACAAAUCUCACCGCACAGCUCAAGGAACUCCAGGCUAGUCAGAGCGCUGGAAACAUCAAGCAAAAAUUUAACAAAAAGGUCAAGGCAAACUGGGACAUAUUUGCCAAUGAUUUUGAUAUGUUAGCAGCUGAGUGCUAUACUGCCAAUCACUGGGCCACCUGGAAUGGUCUCAAGGUAGAGAUUGAAAAGUAUUUUAAACCACAAGCUGAGCGUGACUGGGCACAUCAGCAAAUCUGUUCCUUCAAACAAGGAAAUAUGAGGACAGAUGAUUUCAUUACCCGGUUCCUGGCCCUCUCCAUCCAAGGGGGUCUUGGAAAUGAACAGGCAAUAAAGUUGCUAGAAUGCAAUGUCAACCAUGCCAUUGCCAAACAACUCUAUUUGCAGGAUAUGCGAAGCAAUAUUUUCUCCACGGCAGGAGAGGAGGUUUACAAAAUUGGUAGAGCUCUGGAGCCCUACAAAAUGCAAUUUGGUGGCGGGCCCACCACCAAAAAUAAACUAUUCCCAGAGGAGCCCUGGGUCAUCAAACUAAAAUCAUAA